UGAUAUUUCCAUAUUGUUAUCAAAUGUCGAGAGAUAUUGGAUAUUUUAGUCAGUUGCUGAGUGAAGCUGACAAACUGCAGCUGAACACACUUUAGUCAGUGCAUAGUUAAAAUAUCGUCUCCUUAUAGUGUUUACUAUAACUUUAAACCCCGUUUGAGCUUAGCUGGUUGCAGCCUGGCAAAGUAAAGCUUCAGAACAACCAAAAUAAGCUGGUGUAAAACAUUGUAAAAAAUUUCAUUAGUCUUAAUAUUAAUACAAAUAAUUUCAGUUGAUAAUUCAAUGCCAAUUGAUAGCAAUCUCUGUUUUGCACAACCAAUAUAUUUUUUAUUUUAAUAUUUUUAACGAGUUCCGGGUGUCAAGUACAUUUUUGCAUAACAUUUCUGCAGGAUGUGUUAAAGUACGACACGUAUGUAUUCAACCAAUCUUUACAUAUAGAUAGCUCUCGCAAAGUGGAUGAAAAAGGCAGGAAUACCCAACUGAUAUGAAGAAUUUCUGUUUAUUCCUUCCAAUUCUGUUUGCACUGUCGUCAAAUGCUGUCGACCAACUUUCUGGCCAUCUUCAACCUCUUGGAUCACAGAUUGCCCCUGUCGGAGAUGUCUUGACCAUUGAUGUGGUACCAUCCCCUAAGGAGUUCUUUGAAAAUUAUAUUAAACCUGGAAAACCAGUUCUCUUUAAGGGAGCUGCAAAAAAGUCUCCAGCGUAUGAGCUUUGGACUGAUCAAUAUUUAAGCUCCAAAUUUGGCAAAGUGAAAGUUGAUGUGGAAGAAGGGAAGAAAGAGAAUCGAUCAAGAGAACUUUUCAACAUGCCUCUUGAGGAGUUUUUACAAUCCUACCAAGAAAAAGAUAUAUAUCUUGUUGCAAGUGUACCUGAGAUUAUGAGAGGGGAUAUUUAUUUACUAAAAUGUCUGUUAUGUGGUGGCUAUACUGAUGAUUUACAAGACAGUGUCAUGUGGUUUAGCAAUGGUGGGACAAAAUCAGUCCUGCAUUAUGAUGCUAUUGACAACAUUAACUGUCUCAUGAGUGGAACUAAAGAUCUCUUCAUGGUUGAUAAGGCAGAGCAUGCGCAUGUCAAGAUUGACAAACCUGAUGGAUCGCAUUCCAAAGUCGACGUGGAUAAAGUUGAUCUGGAGAAAUAUCCAGGAUUAGCUGAUGUUCCUUGGUACAAAGCCAGAAUGGAACCUGGGGAUUGUCUUUUCAUACCUUACAGAUGGUUCCAUCAAGUGCGUUCGUAUGGGCCAAGAAACCUGGCGAUUAAUAUUUGGUUCGGUCACAAACUAACAUUUAAUUCAAGCGACUGUGAAAGCACACCUUAUCGGGAUAAGGAAUUUGCACCGCUUUCCGAAUUUCGUGUCUCAGAAAGCGUUGGACCUGGUUUAGGACUGUUGGUGGUGGAUGAAAUGAGACAAACUCCUGUUGAUGAGAUGAAGUGGUUCGAAAUUAUCGAGAGAUUGUGGCUUAAUGACGAAUUAACAAAAGAUCCUGAAGGAAUCAAUCUAUUGAAGGAGAUCUUCAGUAAAAUCGACACGAAUAAGGAUUCUUUGAUAUCACAAGAGGAGGUGAUGGCGGCUUCAUUGCAGGAAUACGAGCAACAAUUGAUGGAAAUAUUUCCUCCUGGUAAUGAGGAAGAUGAUAAUGAUGAUGAUAAUGAUGAUGACAAUGAUGAUAUUGUUAAAGAGGGUGAAGAAGAGGCUGAAAAACAAGAUCAUAAAGGCCAACGCGAAGAUUUGUAAAAAGUGAACCGUAGAAAAAACAGAACAUUAUUCCACGGUUACGUAAAAGAUGGCGGAGCUAUUCUCGAUAGUCGAUAUUCGAACAACCGGAAGUCCGUCUUUUUAACCAUAUUUUUUCGCUUCUAACCGGAAGUUGAUUUGUAAAAUUUCGAUUUGUUCAAAGCCUCAUAUACCAAGAUCGGUCGCUGACAAAUAGUUCAGCAUUAUUUGCUUAAUGUCUAAUUUUGUUAUCCAGUAUGUAGAUAAUCUUAUACAUAAACAUGUAUCCACGUCAAAUAAAUAAAAUGUUGCAAAUUGAUUGAUGUUGCAGGGCAAUACAGGACAGAAUAUCAAAAGUUUAGACAAGAAUAUAUUUGCUAGCCAACUUGAUUCAAAUAUGUCUGAAGUUAAUCAAGAGCCAGUUCAAGUCGAGGAGAACAACGGAGUUG